AUGCCGUCAGGGAUCCUUCAUAUCACCGACUCUCGGACGAAGCAGAAGUACGAAAUUCCGAUCAGGCGAAAUGUGGUGUUUGCAACUGAUCUCAAGAGUAUCAAGGCACCAGGAGCUGGUACAGACCGAGCAGAUCAUGUGGCUGGUGGGCUGCGGGUGCACGAUCCAGGGCUACAGAAUACAACGGUGAUAGAUGAUCAUGAAAGAGGCGUGCUUCUCUUUCGCGGUUACACCCUGGCCCAGUUAUGGGACAGCGACUUCGAGGACAUGUUGCAUCUACUCGUUUGGGGCACAUAUCCAACACGGCAGCAGAAGAAAGAUUUAAACCGAAAGCUUGCACACCAGAUGCUAACUGUCCCGGAAAGUGUGCAUCGAACAAUCCGAGAACUUCCCCGGGCAACAUCUCCAUUGCCGCUGAUCCUGGCUGGGCUCUCGGCAUAUCUGGCGUGCUUUCCAGACACAAUUCCCGCAUCAACACAUGCGAAUCUUUACCAAGGAAACCUGCAUAAUGUCGAUCAUGCGGUUAUCCGAACUGUAGCCGCAUAUGGUGUUAUUUUUGGUCUGGUAAAUAGUCAUCGGAAGGGCAUUGAUUUCCAACCGCCAUCGCCGGAGAAUAGCUUCUGCGAGAAUUUAUUUACUAUGGCUGGGCUGGUGGAUCAGACUUCCAGUCGCCCAGAUCCAGUUAAGCUGUCGUGUUUCCGGCGCUUUGCCAUGCUGAAUGCCGACCAUGGCAUGGCUCUGGCUGCAUUCGCAACAUUAGUGACAGCAUCCUCGUUGACGGAUCCUAUCUCCUGCUUGAUCAGUGCGGUAGCAGCCGCAUAUGGGCCCCUGCACUUUGGUGCUACUGUGUCUGCCCAGCGUACGCUCCGAGAGAUCGGAAGCACAGACAAGGUUCCCGAGUUUAUCGAGGACGUAAAGGCCGGGCGAACGAAGCUCUUUGGAUAUGGACAUCGCUCAUACAAGGGUCAUGAUCCCAGAGUUCGUCCAAUCCAGUCAAUCCUGAAGGACCUGGACUUAUCAUCGAAUAAUCAUUUGAAAAUAGCCGAACGCAUAGAGGAAAUAGCCUCAGCGGACGAGUAUUUCUGCCGCAGAGGUCUGUACCCUAAUGCUGACUUUUAUGGUAACUUUGUCUUCACCGCGAUUGGCUUCGACCCAGAUAUGAUUCCAGCUGCUAUGUUGACACAGCGUAUAAUAGGGUUAAUGGCCCAUUGGCGGGAAUACAUGUUGACACACGGCAAGCUGUUUCGACCAUCACACACAUACGCCUUCAUGCCAAAGAAGAGCCAAGGCGAGAUGACCAACAGCCAGGGAGCCUUGGUAGAAAGGCCACCUACCGAAACCACACCCCUUUUACAAUCUCAUCCUGGAGCAGAGCGAUAUUCAGUCUUCACUACCAGACAAAAGCGGCUAAUCAUUCUGACAGCAGCCAUAGCGUCGACGUUCUCCCCUAUCUCGGCUAACAUCUACUACCCAGCCCUCAAUUCUAUAGCUGCCGAUCUGGAUGUAACCAGUUCUCAAAUCAACUUAACUAUAACCACAUACAUGAUAUGUCAAGGCUUAGCACCAACCCUCACAGGCUCGUUCGCAGACCAAGCUGGCCGCCGCCCGGCCUACAUCAUCUGCUUUUUGAUCUAUAUAACAAGCAACAUUGCCCUAGCCCUACAACGCAGUUAUCCCAUGCUUCUGGUCCUUCGCGCGGUCCAGAGCAGUGGCAGCAGUGGCACUGUGGCCUUAGCAUCGGCCAUCGCUGCUGAUAUCAUCACCUCCGCCGAACGGGGAACAUAUAUGAGCAUUACCUCCCUAGGGAAUAUCCUUGCACCAUCACUAGGGCCUCUCAUAGGUGGUGUUUUGAGCGAGUAUCUAGGAUGGCAAUACAUAUUCUGGUUCCUAGCAAUGUCAUCCACCAUCUUCUUCAUCCCUCUCGUACUAUUCUUUCCAGAAACAUGUCGGACCAUUGUUGGAGACGGCUCAAUCCCGGGAUCAAGAUGGAACAAAUCUAUCCUCAAUUGGUGGAUCUCUAAACGUUCCUACAGAGAGCCUAUUACUACUCCCCCUACCAACCCAGGACCGGUCCUCCAAAAACAACUACCGAAAAAGAGGAUCAGCCCCCUAUCUACAAUUUCUCUUCUCUUCCACCUCCCAACUAGCCUCAUCCUCAUAUCCAACGGCCUUGUCUUUGCAAGCUACUACGCCAUAACAGCCGGUCUACCUUCCCAGCUCAGAUCUAUCUAUGGGCUAAGUGACUUGAAUAUCGGCUUAAGCUUCUUCCCAAUGGGCGCCGGCACCCUCCUAAGCGCGACAUUCAACGGGAUAAUCGUAGACUGGAAUUACCGGCGAAUGAUGGCAAAGGACAGGCAGGACAUGGACUACUCUGAUGUCGAGAGGGCUCGAUUGGGAGUUGGGGGACCGAUAGCUGUAUGCACAUACACCCCCAUAAGGCCUCGUGUUCAGACCACGCCUGUCAUUAUAUUCUAA